AUGAGCGCGGAUACCGGAGGGACGGACCUCGUCUCCUGCUCCAACGUGACCGGCAUCGACACUUCGUAUUGCUGCGAUCACGCCCCCAACUGCUCGGGCCCGACUCCGACAGGCACCAUCCCGUCGACACCUCUGACAGCGGGAGGUCAAAGUCGGACUUCUGCGGAGCCCGUACCUACGGCGGCACUAACCCAGGGAGAGGCUGAGAAGGACCCUGGCCUGUCGACCACGGCCAAGGCAGGUAUCGGCGCGGGUGCGGGCGCGGGCGCCCUCCUCGUUGCGGCCAUAGUGUAUCUCCUACUCAAGAUACGAAGCAACAAGAAGGCCCUACAGGCUCAGCAGGCACAGCAGGAGGCCCAUCGCUGGCCUGGAAUGUACCAGGAACCGCCAAUGGGGCCGGUCUACUACAACAACGGCCUGCCAGAGAAUUGGGCCCCGCCUCGAGCCACAGAGGUGAAGACACCGCCCGUCUUUAAUGGAAGCUAUGAGAUGGAUGCCCGGCCGGCCGAACGACACUGGGCAAGAGUAGAGCUUCCGACGAACCCUUGA